UGAAACGUCAACUUUUUGGCACUUGAAAUCCUGUCGGCGAAAAUUUAAUUUUUUAAUAUUUUUUUAUUAAAAAAGCCCAUUUCUCAUUUAAUAAUGCAUUAAGCUCAUAAAUACACCCGCUUAAAUGGAGCAUUUACUGAAAGGCAAAUUUGGACGAAUAGUGAUAAGUUCCUACUCGUACCACCCAUUAAAAUAUGGUCCUCAAAGGCGUUUCCAAAGGGGCAUAUCCAGCCUUUGGGGUGGUAGAGCGGUUGAUAGAUCCAGACCUCAGUUUUAUCAAAACUAUAAGUUCCAAAGGCGAGAGUAUGGAAUGUUUAUUGUUAGGGCUUUAAAAGGAGUCUUGAAGAUUCGAUAUUUACUUCUUGGAGGUGCUGUCGCUGGAGGAGGAGCAUUGAAUAAGAAAUACAAUGACUGGAAAGAAGGUUUGCCAGAUCUAAAAUGGCUUGAUGAUGUCCUACCUGAUAAUGAGAAAUUCAAUCAAUGGAGAGGAAACCUGAUAGAAUUUAGGGACAGUGUGAAAAAUAACAUAGAAAUAGAUCCCAGAAUCAAAGCCUUAUCAGAAGCAAAAUACACCCAAUUCAGAAGUUGGUUUGAUCAAAGGUUAGACGAUGCCAUAGCAGCAGCUGAAAAAGCUGAACAAACCCAAAAUGAAAAUUCUGCCAAAGGUACAAGUCCUGGCCUUACAGACAUGAUUGACCGAAUGUACUCAGAAGUUAAAAGUGAAAUUCAAGAAAAGAAUGUUGCCUAUGCAAGACCCUUUGCAAAGCAGGACAACGAUGAUGCUAGAAUUCGAAAGGAAGCUCAACAAAGAUUGAAUGAAAUUCAAGAGGAAAUGAUGCAAACACAAAUUAAAUACCAAAGAGAACUGGAGAAGUUGGAAAAGGAAAACAAGGAAUUGAGAAAGCAGAAUUUGUUGUUGAAACAAGGCAGAAAACCUAAUAUGAAGAAAAUUAAAAGGAGUUUGAUUGAUAUGUACAGUGAGGUGCUGGAUGAAUUAGCUGAUUUUGAUAGCGGAUAUAAUACUCAAGAUCAGCUGCCCAGAGUUGUGGUUGUUGGAGAUCAGAGUAGUGGAAAAACAUCAGUUUUGGAAAUGAUUGCUCAGGCUAGAAUAUUUCCAAGGGGAGCUGGCGAAAUGAUGACAAGAGCUCCAGUAAAAGUCACUUUAUCAGAAGGUCCUUAUCAUGUGGCACAAUUCCGGGAUUCUUCAAGAGAAUUUGAUUUAACUAAAGAAAGUGAUUUGGCAGAUCUCAGAAAGGAAGUUGAACUGAGAAUGAGAAAUAGUGUGAAAGGGGGAAAAACUGUUUCUAGUGAAGUUAUAUCCAUGACAGUAAAAGGUCCUGGGCUGCAAAGAAUUGUACUUGUCGAUUUACCUGGAAUAAUUUCUACUCAAACAACCGAUAUGGCCUCUAACACUAGAGAAAGUAUCAAGCAAAUGACAGAAGCCUACAUGAACAAUCCAAAUGCCAUUAUUCUGUGUAUACAGGAUGGAUCAGUGGAUGCAGAAAGAAGCAACGUGACUGAUUUGGUAGCAAAUUGCGAUCCCAGUGGCAAAAGGACGAUAUUUGUUUUGACCAAAGUUGAUAUGGCAGAAGAGAAUUUAGCUGAUCCUUCUAGAAUAAGAAAAAUAUUGUCUGGUAAACUCUUCCCUAUGAAAGCUUUAGGAUAUUUUGCAGUGGUUACAGGUAGAGGAAGAAAAGACGAUGGCAUACAAACAAUUAAGGAUUAUGAGGAGAAUUUCUUUAGAAGUUCUAAAUUAUUCAAGGAUAGUCAAGUUAAAUCCACCCAAGUUACAACCAGAAAUCUCAGUUUGGCCGUAGCAGACUGUUUUUGGAAAAUGGUUAGAGAAACUAUAGAACAACAGGCAGAUUCUUUCAAAGCCAGGCGAUUUAAUUUGGAAACUGAAUGGAAAAAUAACUUUCCAAGGCUACGGGAGCAAGACAGAGACGAAUUAUUCGAAAGAGCAAGAGGCGAGAUUUUGGAUGAAGUCGUAAAUCUAUCCCAAGUCAGUCCUAGAGAUUGGGAAGAACAUUUAUUGUUAAAUAUAUGGGGAAAAGUUUCAGGGAAUGUUUUCGAAAAUAUUUAUAUUCCAGCUGCGCAAACAGGAUCAUCUGAAACAUUUAAUACUUCGGUUGACAUUAAACUCCGCCAAUGGGCUGAAUCCACUUUACCGUCACAAUCCGUAGAAUGCGGCUGGGAGAGCCUCAAAGCAGAAUUUGAAAAAUUCAUGCAAAAAGCAUCUGAAGCACCUGAACAUGAUGAUAUAUUCGAUGAACUAAAAAGAGCCGUAGUUAAUGAAGCCAUGAAACGUCAUAAAUGGGAAGACAAGGCUUCAGAUAUGCUUAGAGUGAUUCAAUUAAACACUUUAGAAGAUAGAACAAUAGCUGAUAAAAGAGAUUGGGACCAAGCUGUCAGAUUUUUAGAAGCAAGCGUCAAAGAAAAAAUAAAAGAAAGUGAAAGACAUUUAAAAGAAUUGUUAGGGCCUUCUGCAAGAGAAAGAUGGCUGUAUUGGAAAUAUCAAAGUGACGUUCAAGCUACGAGGAAUCGAGUCAAAAACGAAUUGGAUAUGAUUCUGUAUUCGAAUGACAAACAUCCUCCUGCUUUGUCGUAUGAUGAGUUAACUACUAUUAGAAAUAAUUUGCAAAGAGACAGCAUAGAAGUUGAUAAUGAAUUUGUUAGGGACGUAUGGGAGGCUAUUUAUAGGAGACACUUUUUAAAUAAAGCUUUGGGAAGGGCUUAUGAUUGCAAAAAAGCAUUUUACCUCUAUCACCAACAAAUGGAUGUUGACUGUGCUGAUGUGGUAUUAUUUCAUAGAAUACAACAAAUGAUGAAAGUGACUUCAAAUGCUCUUAGACAACAAAUUACAAAUAGAGAAGCUAGAAGAUUAGAUAAGGAAAUUAAGGAAGUUUUGGAUGAUUAUAGUCAAGAUCAAAUUAAGAAAGUCAGCUUGCUGACUGGGAGACGAGUUACUUUAGCAGAAGAAUUGAAGCGUGUGAGACAAAUUCAAGAGAAACUAGAAGAAUUUAUUCAAGCCCUAAACAAAGAAAAAUAAGUCUAGUCCCAAUUACAUAUUAAGUUAUUUAUGUUAAUAAGUUCUAACUUUUCUAGAAUACCUAUUUAAACUAUUGCGACUGUUGUUUUUCUUCAAUUUAUUUUUUUAUUUUUGCCUUUUUAAUGAAACAAUGGGGAAAAUAUUAAUUGUUAUUGUUUAAUAAUCCUCAAAAAUGGUUAUGUGAUUUUUACUACAAAAAUAAAAAAAUCUAAAUACAAAAUUAAUCUUUCAUUAUCCAAAUUUUAUGAAAAUUUGAUGACAAACCUUAAAAUAAUCCUUAUUCUGGAGGUUUAAUUUCCUUAACAAACUGGAAAGAAGCUAUCAGUCCAGUCAACUGAAUACCCUCAUUUGCUCCUUGUGCUAGCCUGUACUCAAUUUCUGCCAUUUUAUCUAGCAGCCUUAUAGUAGUUUCAAAUGGG